AAGCAAAAGACAAGGAAAACAACCGCAGGACAAAGCACGUGAGGUGAAUGGAGAAAUUUGGAAUUGGGAAAGGUGUAGAAAAAGGAGAUGGAAAUGGGAGGGAGAAAAAGGAAAAGAAGUUGGAAGAAUUCAGAGAAGCCCAGCACACUCUAUUCCCAACACACCACGCGUGAUAAUUUCCUUACCUCCUCACCCCAUUCUCAAUCCCUCUAUGCCUCCUUCUCUCUCAAAUACUCGUCUCUUCUCGGCCCCUGCCCCCAUUCCUAGACCUUCCGACUGGGAAAGCCCUGCACCUGCUGUGAAGUUAGCAGGCAGCUUUGGACCUGGUCUUUGCUGCCCCCAGGCGGUCCUUCUGGAUACUGCCAGAGUGAGAGGUGGGAGAGGAGGACCAGCCAUCAAUGGGAGGAUCAGUUUGGGGGAGACACCCGGUGCAGGAGGCUGAGCGAAAAGGGGAGCACUAAGACCCAGGGGUAGUGGAAGGCUGCAGCAAACAGCUGGAGGAGGAGGCGGUGUGGGGGGAGGGGAAAAGGGGGAGCCAUCUGGUACCUUGGUAGCUUCCGAAACGGCAUCGGUCGUAACGACAGAAAUGGCCAGUCAGUCCCAGGGUAUCCAGCAGCUCCUGCAAGCCGAGAAGCGGGCGGCUGAGAAGGUGGCAGAUGCCAGAAAGAGGAAAGCCCGGCGUCUGAAGCAGGCAAAGGAGGAGGCACAGAUGGAAGUGGAGCAAUACCGCAGAGAGAGAGAGCAGGAAUUCCAGAGCAAGCAGCAGGCAGCCAUGGGCUCCCAAGGGAAUCUGUCAGCUGAGGUGGAGCAGGCUACAAGGCGCCAGGUGCAGGGCAUGCAGAGCUCCCAGCAGAGAAGCCGCGAACGUGUCCUGGCCCAGCUUCUUGGCAUGGUCUGUGACGUCAGGCCCCAGGUCCACCCCAACUACCGGAUUGCUGCCUAGGACCCACCCUAGGGCCUGACUCCUCCUGCCAGUUCCCUCCUGCAAAGAAAUCCCCAAGUCAAAAUCAACUCCCACCAUAAUCCUUUCUCUCCCUUGCAUUCCCUAGAAAUUCUAGAAAGCAGGAUCCAAUAAUUCUCCUGUGAAAUUUAUAAAUAUCCUGCUCAGACCUGAAUCUCCUUAUUGUUCUUUCACUGGGAGCUUGGAAACUGCCAAGUCACCCUCACCCAGCCCCUCUGUGAAAUUUGUAGCAUGGAGAAGUAGGGAUGUGAAAACACUCUGACUUCAGAGCCUGGCAGGCUCGGGUCCCUCUUCUGACCCUGCCACUUGCUGGCUGGGCAACAAGAACAAGCUACUUAAACUGUAACCCCAGUGUCCUUUGCAAGGUUGGAAUAAUAAUAAUAAUGCCUACCUUGCAGGGGUGUUGCAUUGGUUAGGAAUCAUUCUAUAAAGAGCUUAGCAUGGUUUCCAGCAUGUAGUAGCUGUGAUUCAAUAAAUGGCAAACCUGUGAUAUUAUUACUACUCUCUGCCCACCUACCAAAACUUAAACAUAGCUGUUUUCUCACUUCUGUCUGUGGCUUUGUAAUUCUACUCAUUCAUUAUGUGACCCUAGAAAUUCUCUAAAAAAUUGGUUCUUCCCACCUCUCUUUCCCCAGAGACCUUAUUAUCCCUGAAAAGAUAGAUUAAAUCAUGGCCUCAUUUAGCCUCUCUUCUGUGGUUCCAGGAAGAUGUUUGCAUUUCUUAGCCUCUCUUUUUGUCUCUCUUAAGUUGGUCUUUCUCUUUAUUGGAUUUCCCCCUUUUCCUGUUUCCCCAAAGACCCAUCAGAUGCUUAUUACUGCUUCCUGAGAUCUAAAGUGAUGCAUGGCCUUCCUUUCUACAUCCUCAACACCUUACUUUCCCUUUGUAACAAUAAAAAAGUGUCAAUAAAAUAAUUAUGGGCAAAUCAA